GUCUGAGGCUUUUAUUUUGAAGGCAGCGCUCCUUCUCAUCUGCUGUACUCCCGUGACUUUGACCAAACUGCCCCACAGCAGGAGGAGGAGGGCAAUCUAGUUUUUAUUUUUCUGUCCAGACGGCUGCAGAUAAGUACAAAAACAAAGUGGGAGCAGAGGAGCUGGUCUGCCGCUGCGCCACAGCCGUCCUCCGAACCGCAGGAGCCGCGGGUUCGAUCCCGCACAGGCCUUCUCCACUUUGUUUUCUUCCCUUUGUUAUAAAAAGGGGAAGGACUGAGCUGCGGGAAACAAACUAAAGCAAGUUCAACGUCAGCGUGUGCGCACUUUACGCACGGGCAGAACAUGCGGGAGCGCGCCGAGGCCGCGGCUGAUUCCGGUCCGUUUGUUGGCUCUGUCCCUGUCAUCAUGUCUCGUGGCAGAAAUCUGUAAAAGCCGACGCAGCAUGGGGGCCAAGCAGAGCAGCCAAGUGUUUGACGGCAGGACUCGGGCGUACUCCAGCUCAGACCUCCCGUCCGGGAACUCCGGGGGGCGGGAGAGGAUCUCGGGGCUGAGGUACACCAACGGACCCGACGGACCCCGAAUCCGAUACACAGCCGGGGGCCCGAACAGCUCCGGACUGAGCAUCCCGGCCGGCGGCAGGUCGGGGUCACACAAUCAGAGCCUGGACGGCGCGGAUGACGCGGACGGCCAGUUGCCCCCCGACAGCCACAGGUUGCUCAUAGGCUCGCUGCCUGCGCAGCUGUCACCGCGCCUGCUGGGAGGAUUCCACUGUCCUGUUUGCUCCAAGUUCAUGGCAACAGAUGAAAUGGAGAAGCACCUGCUCAUGUGUUUCAGCAAGACACGCCUCACCUACAACAAGGACAUCCUGUCCAGAGACUCUGGGGAAUGUGCCAUCUGUUUGGAGGAGCUGGAGCAGGGAGACACCAUCGCCAGACUUCCCUGCCUUUGUAUCUACCACAAAGGGUGCAUAGAUGAAUGGUUCCAGGUGAACCGCUCGUGUCCAGAACAUCCUGCUGACUAGAAGCUGCAAAACUUCACCUUUAAUCUUUGACGCGUCAAAGCCGACUUUGUGCCCUGUUUGGAUCCUAACACUGUUCCAGCUGAGCAUCAGCAUUCCUCAGGGAUUCUUAAAGACGAUGUUUUGUAUUCCCUCACAGAGAAGCAGUGAACUUUGGAGAUGUUUCUGCGUGGACUGUGACUUUGAGAGAAACAAAGGUGGAGUUGUUGAUGUGAAUGUCCCUCAAGCCGCCUUUUAGCCUCAGAUGAAUGCAACCCGGAGUCUGAUCCAGACGGUUAUGAAGACCUGGGGUUCCUGCAGAGGGCUUGUGUAUCCAAGAUGGUGAACGGAGGUUUGGGCUACGUGAGUGCUGAGAGACUUGACCAGGUGGCUGAUUUUGUGCAAUAUGAAAAACAGCCAAACCGAAAUUAAAUCAUUCUUGAUCAGCUUUAAGGGGUGAAUGCAGUGUUUGAUGAUAGUCUGGAGCCGACUGUCACUGUUGUUGUGUAACAAUCAUGUGUCCUACAAAAGAUCUUGUAACACAGUUGGGUUUUAUUAAUCAUGUGUCCAUUUGAAACCACAGAAAUGUGAUUGUGUAGCUUAAAGGAGAAAUUAAAAUAAAUGUAUCUAAUGAUGAUCCAACUCUCUUUAGGAGUGCCAUAAUGUGCUGCUAUGUUAAAGACUGGAAAGUUUUCUGAUAACCUUUGAACCAUGUUGUUCGUUCUUUCUGUUUGUACUGUAAUGAAUUGCACAACAAUAAAUUUUUUAUCUUCGUGUUUUUUCCUGCUUAAAA